AUGAUGAUUGACGACCAUCAACAAAAGCUCGCUCUUGGCAUUGUCGUCGCUUUUCCUAUUUUGGGCGGCCUAGCUGUGAUCCUUAGAUUAUGGAGUCGAGCAUUGUCGCGAUCAGCACUGACAAGUGAUGACUAUCUGAUUAUUGUUGGCUAUAUCCUCGCUGUCUCACAAUCGGUCACGUCGUGGUACUAUAUCAAGACUAACUAUGUCGGCAUCCACACGACGGAUAUCCCCCUAGACUACGAUGUCAAAAAAGGAUUGAUUUGGAACUUUAUCAACCAACUUCUCUACAACCCGACCCUGACCAUCAUCAAACUGUCGAUUUUGGUAUUCCUACGUCGUCUCGAAUCACGGUCGCGAGUAGUCAACGCUUUGAUAUGGACCUCAAUGGGAAUGGUUAUCGGAUUAUUUGUGGCCGUCCUAUUCGUCGACAUCUUCCAAUGCACCCCUAUUGCACGCGUCUACGACAUGUCAAUUGUGGGAGGAACCUGCAUCGACCAGGGAGCGUUCUAUGUCUCUACUGCAGCACUGAAUCUCUUCACGGAUAUAAUAGUGCUGUCAAUUCCUAUCAUCAUCACUUGGAAUCUGCAGAUGCCCAUACGACGCAAGCUUGCGGUCUGCGUGAUCCUGUGUCUCGGCGGAGUUGCAACCGCCAUCGGCGUCUGGCGUAUCAUAAUUCUUGCAGAGGCCUUCUUGAGCCACAAGGUUGUAAAGGACCCUACCUAUUCCAUCGGCUUUGUUAGCUCAGCCAUCGAAGUCAAUGUCGCUGUUGUUACCGCCUGUGGUCCAUCGAUGAAAGCUAUUGCCAGCAAGUACCUGCCUCGUCUCCUGGGAACAUCGCGCGGCGGAGGAACAUCUGGCUAUGGACCUGGGACCAGUGGAUCCCGGGCAUUCCCUGGCUCCAAGUUUUCCACCAGACACAAGUCGCAGCUGCACUCCCAAGCGGAAGACGGAUACGAGAUGAACCCGACGAACCGGGUGGAAAUUGGCCCAGGCGAAAGCGGGGACCACUUUGAUAUGCGGAAGUAUAAGCGCAGUGGCGAUAGUCCAAGUAUCUCAAGUGGGAGUGAGGAUGGGGUAACGGGAAUUGUGAAGACAACUGAUGUGUCGGUGCGAUAUACCGUUGACGAAGUGAGCCCACAUCAUGAUGGCCGGUCGCGCGAUGGCAAACACACCAGUAUGGAUAGCUUGGUCUAG